AUGCCGUGCAAACGUAAAAAGAGUUACCAGGGAAAUAAACGCGAAAAAAAACGUUGGAGAACCAGAAAUCGUAGAAAAGAUUUAGAUGAGAUAAAUGAGGACUUGAAACCAGAAAAAGUUUCUUCGCUAUUACAUCAAGAAAUAGAUUUAAAUAAACCUGGAUGUGCUCAAUUUUACUGCAUUCACUGUGCGAGGUAUUUUAUUGAUCAAGUAGCACUUAAAGAACAUUUUCGAUCGAAAGGGCAUAAACGUAGACUUAAGGAUUUAGAAGAAGAACCUUAUACCAUAGAAGAUUCCGAAAGAGCUGCUGGUAAAGGGAAUUUUAUAGAGCCUAAAAGAAGACGAAUAGAAACUCAGCCUUUACAUGAAAUGGAAAUUUGCAAUGAAUAA